CUGGAAAUGGAGCUGGCCUUCAACCGAACUGCAGAUGUUUCUCAUGAUGUGGAUCGAUGGAGCCAAAAGAAUUUCACCGAUGUCACCUUCUCGAACAGGUCCGUAGUUUCUGUGAAUCUGGACAAGGCUGCUAACUUUGUUAGCAUUUUCAUCCUUUGUGACACUAUGGUUGCCCUCGGCUGCACGAUGGAGGUCUCCAAGAUAAAAGCCCACAUCGUGAAGCCCAAAGGGGUGGUGGUCGCCAUACUGGCUCAGUUCGGGGUGAUGCCCCUCACGGCCUUCACUCUGGCUAAAGUGUUCCAGCUUAGGACCAGUCAGGCCAUGGCAGUGCUGGUUUGUGGCUGCUCUCCAGGAGGCGUGCUUUCCAAUGUCCUGUCCUUUGCCUUCCGGGGGGACAUGAAUCUCAGCAUCGUGAUGACGACCUGCUCUACACUGGCAGCGCUGGGAAUGAUGCCCCUUCUGCUUUUCAUUUACUGCCACGGCUUCUCCAACCUGGGUGCAAUCCCCUACGGUAGCAUCAUCCUGGCCUUGUUCUUGACUUUGCUGCCCUGUGCUACUGGCAUCUAUAUUAACUAUCGCAUACCACAGUACUCCAAACUUCUCACCAGGGUCGGGCUGAGUAUAAUGCUGGUCAGUCUGAUCGUCUUCGCCGUUCUGGUCGGGAUUUUACUAGGCGAGUCUAUCCUGACGGUUGCAGCACCUCGACUCGUGGCCACAGCAGCACUGAUGCCACUUAUUGGAUAUGGACUCGGCUACGUGCUGUCACUCUUCUUCAGGUUUGACGGACCGUGUCAGAGGACUGUUGCUAUAGAGACGGGUUGCCAGAACGUCCCUCUCUGCUACACGAUCCUAAAAGUAGCCUUCGAGCCAGAGUUCAUCGGCCCGUAUUUCCUUUUCCCGUUUCUGUACUUUUUCUUCCAAAUUCCGGAGGCGAUGGUUUUUAUCGCGCUCUUCCGGUGGCACACCAGGCAGAAGUUUUCAGCUGAACCGGCAGUGAGUAAUCAGGACCUCUGA